AUGGAGAAGUAUCUUAACGAUAAGCCCCCGAUGACGAAGAACCAACCUCAUGAGGUGGUUGAGAACUCACCCAUCGAGGGAGAGGCACUGCCAAUCAAGCCCCUUUCCAAGUCGUGGCUGACAGAGCUCCUUCUCACCGUCGAGACGAGUGGCAUUCAGCGGGUGACGGAGGAUGAACGACAGCAGAACACCAGCAAGGUGUGGAACGCGUGCACUUUCUGGCUGAGCGCGAACAUGGCUGUGGCAACCCUUAACGUCGGAUCCGUGGGCGGCAGCAUGGGGUUGUCGUUCUGGGAUUGUUUUGCCAUCAUCGUCGUGGUCAAUGUCUUCAGCUGCAUGAUCCCGGCAUGGACCGCAGGAUUUGGAUUGACGGGAUUGCGCAUGACGUCCUUCUCUCGUUAUUCCUUCGGCUACUGGGGCAAUCUUCUGGUGGUUGUAUUCUCCAUGGUCUCGACAACGGGCUGGAAUGCCGUCAACUCCAUCUCUGGGGCGUCCGUCUUGAAUGCCCUCUCUGAUGGGAAAUGCCCGACGUGGCUCGGAGUUGUCAUCAUCUGCACCACUGUCUGGGUCAUUUGUGCCCUCGGCAUUCAUUGGAUCCAUCGACUUGAUGCUUUCCUCUGGAUUCCUCCUUUCGUGGUUUGGUGUUUCACGGCCGGCUUCGGGGCUUCGCAUUUCUCUGGAGACGCCGUCAAGUCACCGUCCGGAGCAAACGGCGCAGCGGCAUCCCUUUCGUACAUUGCACUCAUUUUCUCCUUUGCCGUGUCUUGGAUCAAUUGUGCUGCCGACUAUAAUGUCAGGAUGCCUGUCAACACGUCCAGAGCCCAGAUUUUCAUCGCAACCUAUGUCGGAAUCGCCGUUCCCACCAUUUUGGUUCAGACCCUGGGUGCAGCACUGUAUACCGGCACUGAGGUCAACCCAGAGUGGAAGUUGACGUUCAAGCAGAGCGGGAUCGGCGGUCCCCUCAAAAUGGCAUUAGAACCGGCUGGAGGUUUCGGAAAAUUCCUUUUGGUGCUCGCAGCAUUGAGUGCCAUUCCAAACAACAUCCCGAACAACUACUCUUUCGCCAUGCAUGCGCAAAACUUUGGUCCCUGGGCGGCACGGAUUCCUCGAAUCUUUCUGGUCACUCUUGGAUUCAUUGCCGCCGUCAUUGUCGGUGCAUGUGCUGCUGAAUUCUUCAGUGAUACUCUUCAGACAUUCCUGAGCAUCAUCGGGUACUGGACAGUCAUUCAUCUCACUGUGGUUGCAGAGGAACAUAUCAUUUUCCGGGCCGGUCGCUGGAGUCAAUACAAUUUGGAUGCCUGGAACCAGCCCAGUCUUCUUCCUUUCGGCUGGGCGGCGAUCGGAGCUUUUGGGUUCGGCUUCAUGGGCGCAGCCCUGGGCAUGAAAACAGCUUGGUAUACAGCUCCCAUCGCUGGCCUGAUAGGAAGAAAAGGCGCUAAUAUUGGUCACGAGCUGACCUUUGCCUUUUCGGCAGUCACUUUCCCACUCUUCCGAUAUCUGGAGAGGCGGUACGGAGGCAAAUAG